UGUGUUUCGGUGACUGAUGUUUGUGUUAAUGCGUUGGCGAGGAAAGUAGAAAUAGGGUUGCCCAACCCGCCGUUGAUCAGUUCUCGGGAUGUGUUCUAGCCACCCUCAUCCUCCCCUUCUUCACUCCCGCAGACUUGCUUCACAACGCACCUAGAGUAUUCUCACUCGGAAAGUCCUGAGAUCUCGCAUUACCAGUCGGCAUGAUGCUGCUCCCUGUUGCCAGUUCCGUCCUCCUCGUCCUGUCCUUCAUCAACCCCGUGGCAGCAGAAACAAUGCAUUGUGCCAGGGGCGCCUCCAACAGCUGCGACAAUACGAAUACCACCAGCUCCUCGCCAGUCCGCUACGGCUUCCUCCUCCCGCGGGCCUUCUCCGUCCUGGACGUCUUUGGCCCCCUGGAGAUCCUGCAGGGGCUCUCACGCCAGACACACCUGGAACUCGCCCUGUUGAGCCGCACCCUGGAUCCGGCGACGACAGAGCCGGUCAGCCCCGCCAUGAACAGGUUCAACUCGUCCUUCUUUCCCACGGUCAUGCCGACUCAUACCUACGCCGACAACCCGCCGCUUGACGUGCUGGUGAUCCCCGGCGGGGCGGCCGCGCGGAAUCCCGACCUGGGCCCGGAGAUCGAGUACAUCCAGAAGGUCUUCCCGCGGCUGCAGUACCUCAUCACCAUCUGCACCGGCGCGGGGAUCGCGGCACAGGCCGGCGUGCUGGACGGGCACCGCGCGACGACGAACAAGGCCGCGUGGAAGACCAUCACGGCUAUGGGGCCCAACGUCAAGUGGGUCUCGCCCGCCCGCUGGGUCGAAGACGGCAGAGUCUGGACCUCGUCUGGGGUGACCGCCGGCAUGGACCUCGCCUUCGAGUUCAUCAGGCAAAAGUACGACAACGGCACCGCCAUCGCCGAGUUCGUCGCCGGCGGCAUCGAGCAUGUGAUGAUCACCGACUGGCGUGAUGACGAGGGCUUCGGCGCCAAGUUCAACGUCACACCGCAGAAUUAGUAGCCAAGCUUUCCCCUGCGCCGCCGUGGGCAUCGAGAUAGCCAGCUCGUGACGAUAUCUCGUUUGGCAUUUUCCAACCAUCUUCAGCCAUGAGCUAGGAAAUUGGGAUAAGCCGGUUCCAUUGGCAAUUUGUGCGAGACUCUAGCCUUCUUUAUACCAGAAUUAUAAUUACAAAGGACAGCGU